AUCUAAUUUGCAAUAUUUCCCUCUUUAAUUAAUUUAAAUAUUUAAGAAAGGCAUAAAUGUUUGAAGCUAAGUUUAGUGAUGGAGUAUAAUUCAAAAAGAUUGUUGAAGCAGUUAAAGAAUUGGUAAAGAAUGUAAAUUUAGAAGCAAAUGGAACAGGAAUAUCUUUAUAAGUAAUAUUGUAAAUAAAUAAAAAGGCAAUGGAUACUUCACAUGUUGCUUUGGUAGCAUUGCAAUUAAAUGAAAAGGGUUUUAAAAAGUAUAGAUGUGAAAAAUCUUUGACAAUGGGAUUAAGUAUCGAAAAUUUGUAAAAAAUUCUAAAGUGUUCUGGAAAUGAUGAUUAAAUAACUUUAAGAACUUAAGAUGAAGAACCAACAACAUUGUCAUUUACAUUUGAAUCAAAAAGUAAAUAGAAUAUCAAUAAAUUAGAUAGAAUAAGUGAAUUUUAAUUGAAUUUAAUGUCUUUAGAUUAAGAAUAAUUAGGUGUACCUGAUACUGAAUAUUCUUCAGUAGUUAGAAUGCCAUCUAAUGAAUUUACAAAGAUUUGUAGAGAAUUAGGUAAUAUAAAUGAAGCGAUUGGAAUUGAAACAUCAAAAGAUGGAAUUAAGUUUUAUGUAAAAGGAGAUAUUGGAGAAGGAUAAGUAUCUGUAAAAACUAAUGAUUCAGAGAAAUUAGAAGAAAAAGUAGAAUGUAAUGUUGAUGAACCUGUAAAUUUAAGUUUUGCAGUAAGGUUAUCAUAUAUUUAUAUUAUAGAUAUUUCAAUUUAUUUAAUAAAGCAUCAGCAUUAUCAAAUUAAGUUAUAUUAUCAAUGUCUUAAGAUUAACCAUUAGUUAUAGAAUAUGUAAUUGAAGAUAUGGGAUCAUUGAAAUUGUAUUUAGCACCUAAAAUAAAUGAUGAAGAAUCUUAAUGACCA